GCGAAGACGAGGGUGCCGCGGUCACGAUGGUGAUUGACGACAUGGAUCCGGAAGAGCUGGAGUACGGGAACGACCUCGUGGAUAAUGGCGUCGAAGCGGAAGACAGUGAAUCGGACCGAGGUCCUUGGAGGAGCACGUUGUCGAGCGACGCGAGCUUAGCUUCUUGGUGCAAUAUGGAAUGCCUGCACGUGGAACGCUGCAUUUCGCUGUUUAGUCAUGGGGAACACGGCCGACGUGCGGCAACGACAGACCUGGCUGGAAACAUCGACUUUGGAGGCGGUGCCGGACAUUACGGGACUGGGCGCGCAGCUGGAUGGCCACUUGGGGGUGACGGGGGAACGCGACGGAGGCUGUUCGCGAUUCGAAGUGACUGCAGGCUCGGCAGCCUCGAGACGCGAUGGGAAAGUCGGAAAACAAUCUGUGUUCCGUCAAGCCAAGGUGAAAACCGGUCGAAAAACCUACUGGGUCCGAAUGCGAGCCUUGGCUGGCUCCACCCAAACCUCCGUGAGGUCUGACGUCAAACUGAUAGAUCGAAAAGUGUGACACAACGCGAUCUCGGUGUCACGGGCAUUCAAUAUUCAAUGUUCACGCGUCGCCAUGAUCAUGUGGAAAUGCCCCCGCGAUGAUCAGGAUAGACGAGGACAAAAAGCUUUCUGUUCAAAUACUAGGAUUUAGCAUAAUUCAUGCCUGUAGCCAUAGAAAAUCCAUGAUAAUGUAUGGCUGUAGCCAUGGCAUGGCUGGGGCCAUGGUGUUAGGCUACAGAUAUUU